AUGAAGAUCGAACCGUUGGAACUUACUUUCUUUCCUUACGACUUUUUAUCAACAACAACAAUAACAACGAUAACAGCAACAACAACAACAACAACUACUACCACUACUACUGCAGCAGCAAACUGUAGUGCUAUAAUCGAGAAAAGUUACCAUUCAAAAGAUGACGCAAAGAACAGCAAACUACCUCGUAGACGAACUGCAUUCACUGAUCAACAAUUGUCACUGCUCGAAAAUGCAUUUCAAAAGUGUCAGUAUCCAAAAAUGGAUGUAAGGAUGAAGUUAGCUUCGGAAGUGCAAUUACCAGAAAAGCGCAUUCAGGUCUGGUUCAAAAAUCGGCGAGCAAAAUAUCGAAAAAGAUUGCGAAAUAUUGCUGGUCCGGAAAUUGCAUAUGAUACUUCCGUCUCUAAAUUCAAUGCCGUAAUUACAUGGAAACCGAAUGUUGCACUUGUUUUUGUGACAUCUUCCCAAGAAGCCAUGGCAUGCAGAAAUACAUUUCUAAUAUAA